ACACAUAAAGAAACGCAUACUCUUUCUUUCUCUCCUCUCCUUUUCUCUCCUAUAAAGAAAACACAUCCCGCCCCUUUCGUUUAUUCUCUACAUUCCUUUAUCUUAUUCAUUCCUUUUUCAUACCUAUGUCUUCUUCUUCUACUCCUACUCCUCCUCCUGCUCAUUCAGAUGAAUCCAAAAAACGUACUCGUGUUACUCCAUCACAGCUCAGUGUGUUGGAAGAGACCUUUAGUGUCAGCGCAACACCCGACAGUAAGAUGAGAAAGCAAUUAGCUUAUAAACUUCAGAUGCCAGAACGAUCUAUUCAAAUAUGGUUUCAAAACAGAAGAGCAAAAGUAAAAAUGCUGCAAAGAAGAGUCCUGUUACGCCAAGAACAAGAAGCAGCAAGAGCUAGAUUAUGUGCUGAAGCCACAGGGCAACAUGCUUAUCCUUCUUCUUCUCCUUAUUGGUAUCUUCAACAACAACAAGUUCGACACAUGCAGACAAAAUUGCCUAUUCAUCGUGCCUGGAGUACAGAUAUAAUGUCUACUGAUGCUUUUAUCCCCCCUCCUCCUCCUCCUCCACCCAGUCUUUCUCAUAUGUUUCAUACACAACAACAGUAUGAUACUCCUUCGAUCUCUAUCACUGGUCCUAAUGAUAUUGAAGAAGAUAUCUAUCAAUUGACAGUCUCACCUUCACCUACUCCGCAACCAUUCUCUUUGCCUCGUAGAAUGGAAAGUGAACCAUUGCAACCCACACCUGCCUUGUCUUCAUUAGACCAACAAACUGGUCUUAUUACAGCUACAGCAGUGACAGUAGGAUCAUGGCACCGUAUGAAGAUCAGUCAACAAGAUUUAAUAUGCUUUUACAAACUAAACGAACGUGCCUUUUCAUGGCAUAUUCGAGACAGCAGCUAUCAUUUCAAGAUGAUGAUCUCAUUUGACAGUAUUGCGUCUAUUGAACUUCAUGUGCUUGAUGAUCAUAUCUCGGCUCAGAUUGACAUGGAUCUGCUUGAACCUCCUAUUUUCUUUAUGGAAAACAAUGCUCAAUGGGUUCAAUGCAGUGAUUUCACGGAAGGCAUGCAAGCUUCUGUCAUUUUGCGUCAUACAGUUCGUGGCUUAGCCUCUGAUCUUCGACAAGAAUUGCUUGCGAUUGCCGGUAUGGAUGAACGUCUUUGUCAAAUCACUCGAUUCCCUUCCGUAGAUAUAUCAAUUGAGCAGGCUCUUUUGAUCAACAAUAACCAGAGUUGGAGGCACCAAAGUUUGCCUCUCUCUACACCCACAAAAGACUAUUGGAUGCCUUCUCCUUAUCCUCUUUAAAGCAUGUUACUAUCAUCAUCAUCAUUAUUAUUAUCAUUAUUAUUAUUAUUAU